UCAAGAAUAAAUCAAAUAAGAUUGCUCAAACUAGCGAUAAAAUUAAUGUGUUUACAAGCAGUAGUUUCCGCGUCUAUUUCUUGCGGAAAAUGCCCUGCGAUGGGUACGUUUUAUCAUUACGAGUAACAGUAGCGAGAAGACACCUUCACAUCUCAAGACGUUACGAUCGCCAUUCAUAAAAUUUUCAAAGAAUUUAACAAUAACAGUAAGGAAGAAUGUAAGCAAGCCUAAAAUCCUGAUUGUCUUCAUCAAAGUUGUGACUCACGCUGACAAGAAUCAGGCAGAAUGCCUGAAAGAAAGCAUAUUUAUCAAGCAGUCGGCGUUCUUCAAAGAAAUCAUGUCAAUAAGUCGGACGUAGGUCUAGACCAAUUAAAAAUGGUACCCUAUAUAUUCUAUUUAGCGAAGAAAGACGCAAUGACAAUGGAGUAAGGCCCGAGAUAGAAAAGUCAUGCGUUUCAAGACAGGUUUUACGACAAAGUGUCGUCACUGAUGUUGGCCCUCGUUCCCCUGGAUCGAUUUCACAGCUGCUCAUUAUUCUCACAGAGGCCCCAGUCAAUCAGCAGUGGAAGCGUCCAGUUUUAUCAAACGAAUUUUUUCCGGACUCCUUCAUCGCGAAUCUCUCCGUCCGGGAAGGAAGGAUAGCUCAGUGAUUAAUAUCCGCUGGCGUUAACGUUAGUUGUCUAUAUCCACCUCGCACCAGUUGAUAUUUCUUUCAACGCACCUUAAUUUAGGAAGAAAGAAGGAAAAGAGUUGAUAGUCUACUACCAGCACUUGAUCCUGAAAAGAAACCAUCGAGAGAAGCUUUUCAGAUCUUAUGAGGAUUUAAAACUGUUCGAAAUGAUUAAUGUCUGUCUGUACUUCCCAAAAGUUUUCUUAAAUGCUAAGAUAAUAACUGUUUAUGGAAUUACGCACAAAAGAAUCGGGAACGCGCGAGGAAUUUAUAUUCAGCGAUCAUGCGCAAGUUGCGUUGGAUUAUAAUAUGCGGAAGGAUGAAUAAUCUACGACAGUAUGAUUAAGCGCAGGCGGUCAACGAAUCGGCCGAUAUAAGCGAGAUAUCGUAAAGAUGAAGGUGGUAAAAUGAUCGAUUGCCAAUUAAAUGCGUAUGAUUAUUGUUGUGCGUUUGUAGUUUUUUUUUUUCACUAACAAUGCCCAGCUCUACGUACGUGAUUUGAAAAAAUAAUUUAAAACAGAUCAUAACAAACUUCUGAAAUUUCUCAAUCAGUAAACAAUGAAUCCAUUAUUUAACCGCGUUACAUAAUGACACACACAUGACACACAUAAAUCAAAACAUCACCACCCCACGAAAUACCUAAACGAAUAUUUGCUCUACGACUUCUACAGCGAACAAAGAUAAAACAAACGAACAAGGAAAUAAACACGACACAAAGUCGCAAUAACGCAUCACGUGACAUUAAAUUGACCCUCACAUCACAAGCUCGAUCGUAAAGUUUCACAGGUAUUUGCGCAAUUAGUCUUCGCCUCGCUUUAUCUCACGUGUACACGAAUACCGAACGCAUCGCAAAUUACGUCUUGGAUUCGCCACAUCGUGCGAAGAUAAAAGCCGAUCCCUUAUCGCGCCGACCAGUAGAAUCAUCAGUCACUUCGCAUACGCUUAUACUCUCGAAACUAAUAGUCGUCGUCGCGUUCUCGUGCAUUGAUAUACUUACGCGAAGUACGGAGUCCGAAGUAAAAAUUACCUCGUUAGAAUCGAGCCUCGGAAAUGGAGCACAGAGUUUUGCUCGGAGUUCAGCUUGGCGAUUCCGUGCCCACGUUGCGUCGUUACGAAGAGGAGAGACGAGCCGCACGCGAAAGAAAGGUUGACAAGGAGUUGCCGAUUUUUGGUCAGCGGAAUGAGCUCACCGGUCUCGUCGUUGGCCAGAAGGUUAAGAGGUUCGUGUCUACGUAUCUUCGCAACAAGAGUCUGUUCCCGAUGAAGAAGAGCAUCAUUUUUCGCUGGCGGUAGUUUCUUCUCUGUGAGAAAGGAAGAUUUUUUUUUUGCCGAUUUUUUGUACGGUUUCAUUGUAUAUUACUCAUCGUUUGCUUGAUCUCAGGAUAAUUUGAUAGUGAUUUAAUUUUGUACUGCGAUUGUUGCGCAGAGAUAUGGACUGGGAUAUACAUAUUUUAUAAUUUUGAGAGAUGUCGCGAUAAAAGUAAUCUUUUUUUUAUGUAAAAGAGUCAUGCGUUAUAAUCGUUAACAUUUUAAAAAUUACUGCUGGUACAUAGCGAUAAUAAUUUUAAUCUUUCGUUAUCAACGUCAUUACGGUUCAGUGAUAACAAGAUAAUUUUAAUUAGUUUUAUGUGAAAUUGUUUAAACACAUGCAUGCAAAUUGGUACUAUUCCAUUCCUACAUGGACUUUUUGUAUCACUUUUUUUAUUUCGUAUUGUACUCGAAAGGUAUUUUUGUAGAAAAAGCAUGCUUUCUCUUACAACUAGUUCUCCGACUUAAUUUUGAAUGUCUAUCUACAGUUUAUUUUUGUCGAACUACUCUUCUUAAAUUAAAACGCAAAGCUAUACACGUUGAGAGCUGUUACUAUAAUAUUCAAUCAUUGUUAUCUCAUUGAUACAAGUUUACUGAAUUGAUGUGAACAAUUCUGUACAAACAAAAGCAUGUUUCUGGGUUAUAUUUACAAGCGCUCUACUUAUUUAAAUCAAGGCUACUCUAUAUACAACGAAGAUUUUUUAAGUGUAAAUACAAUAUAGUGCAAGUACAAUAUGUUCUCGAAAAUAUCAAAUUAAAAGAACGAUUAUUUAAAACAACAAGCUUCAUUCAUGGGGCUUCUUACAUGCAUUACUCGAAGCAAUUUAUACGCAUAUACAUAUAUAUAAAAUGCUAUGAAAAUAGCGCGCGUUGAAUUAUUAAAAAGCAAACGGUAAAGGCUAAUCAAGUGCAGCUAUACUUGGAUAUCAUGAUCAAUAAACAGUUAUCUUCCAUCAAAUUUAUUACAUAAAAUUUCAUCCAAACAUUGUAAACAUUCAGCUUAUCGAAAGUGCACAAUAUCCUUAAUUCAAACAAUUGACAAAAUUGUUUGUAUCUUUUGAAAAUCUCCUAGCUAAUAAUACCGAUGCUGAAACGUCGCAACUCUUUCAAAAGUCACAACUUUCGAACGCACGUAAGAGAAAAUAAUAGAUCGCGUAAACAACGCCUAUACACUUCCCCCUCCUAAUUCCUCGCGCGCUUUUCCAAAAUUACCAAACGCUCCGCGUCGAGCCCCGCUCUCUCUCUCUCUCUCUCUCUCUCUCUCUCUCUCUCUCUGCCACCAAAAAAACACGAUCAAAUCUCGCCGAUCGAUCAAGCGCGGAGACGGUGUCCGCAUUAUUCCCACUCGAGCUCGAAGGAAAACGAUAUCAGGUAAAUUUCGCCGAGUCAUGUGGCCGGACUUUAAAAGUAUAAGUCUCUGGCGUGCGUCGAUUCAGUCGUAUACUGUAGCUCGAGUUUCGCGCGCAACGCUGUAUACUUAUACCGAUAAUUGCCGCGCUUGUUAUUUCUUUCUUCAUAUCAGUGCAGUCGCACUGCUUUCCCUGCGCUAAUAACUCGAUAAUAGCAUGAGAUCAUUCACAGAGGUGUAUACUGGUUAGAUAGACAGUGAAAAUACCGAGGAGAGUGUAAAGGCCAAUAAUUUUACGCGUAAACAAGGAUGUCGUCCAUCGAAGAAAUCCUUGACUCCGAGACGAUCAGGAAGAUCGUCGUACAGGCUUGCGAGAACGACGAGUCGGUGGAGGUGAUCUCCGACCGCAUCGAACGGUACUCCGCACACACGGUCGGUUUCCUGGGCAGUCACCACUCCCUCGAGAUCACGAUCAAGCGUAAAUCCAAUCCGGAGCCGGUCAAGCUGAAGUUCUUCGUGAAAUCGGUACCGCGCGACAGCGAUGGCCAGUCGCAGUUCGUCCAACAGCAGAGGGUCUUCAACCACGAGGCCGCGUUCUUCAACGAGCUCAUGCCCAAGUUGAUGGAAGCCGUCGAGCUAGGGGAGAUUGAGCCCUGGGCGCCGAGCUGCUACCUGGCGAACGACGAGCUCGUCGUGCUCGAGGAUCUGCGCGCGAGGGGCUACAGUCUCCUCAAGACCAAGUGCUUCGAGGGCCCCACGCUGAAAGCGGCAGUCAAAACCAUGGCCAGAUUACACGCGGCUUCGAUUCUGGCGGAACAUCGCCUGGGAAAGCCCCUGGGCGAGCUGUACCCGGACGCCACGAGGGAGCAGAUGUUCUCCGAGCACAUGGCCAAACACGGCUCGGGCUUACUGGAGUCGCUGAUCAGGGACGUCGCCGAGAAGGAAGGACGCAAAGCCGACAACUGGAAUCGGGGCACGAAGCACGCGUUCAUGUUCGUAAACGUGGGCAACCAAGACAAGAGGGUCGUCUGCCACGGAGACGCCUGGCCGAACAACGUGAUGAUGGCCGACGACGAGGAGCCCAAGUGUCUGCUGGUGGACUACCAGAUAGUGCGUUACGCGCCGAGGAUGUUCGACGUGGCCGAGAUGAUCUGCCUGAGCACGACCAAGGAGGUGAGAGACAGGGAGGAGAAGUUGGCACUGAAGACUUACUGGAACGAACUGUGCGAAACGCUGCGGAAGUGCGAACCCGAACUGGCGAGACCGAGUCUCGAGCAACUGGAGGAGGAGUACGAGGAGGCCAAGAUCGCUGGACUGUUUAACGCGAUCUUGUACUACCCAACGAUUCUUCUCGGCGAGGAAGUCUACCGAGAGUACGACGACGAAACGGCCGUGUUGAAGAAGUUCGUUUUCAGACAGAACAACGACUGCAUCAUGGAACACAUAGAGAAGGACGAGGCUUACGGGAAGAGAAUCGCCGAAGUGGUCAUCGAGUUUCUCGACAGAUGCGACGAGUUGAAAGACUGAGACUUUUUUCGCGCGAGAGAUAUUUCAGAUGUUGAUGCGUUUAAUCGAAUACAUUAUGAUACUGUGAUGGGUACUUGUAAAGAAAUAUUUCAGAUGUAAAUCGGCCGGUUUUAUCGAAUGUAUUAUGUACUGUGAUGGAUUGUCGUAUUAUAGAUUAAGAUUGUACGAUCUACUCGAAGAGGCUGGUUUUAUCAAGAAUGUUUAUGAGCAUCGGGCGAUAUCUAUUUUGCGAAUCGAUAAAGCGUACAGCUUACGAGGCUCGAAUUUAUAUUGUGUAUUAUAUAUUUUUUAAACUCUUUUGUUGAAGAAGAUUUUUUUCAUUUUAUGUAAAUAAAUAUGCUGUAAGCGUUGUGGUUUUAAAAC